AUGGCGUUCGCCAAAGUGGCCCUGGGUGUUUUCUUGGCGACAUUUGCUAGCGGCGUGGGCGCCGAGGACGACGGGCCGUCUGUACUGAGGAGCAUGCUGGCUGCGUUCGCGAAGCAGGCCGGCCAGGACUGCGACCCAACUCCGAAGGGCAAAAAUCUAGCCGAUGAGGACAAGGCCGAGCUGGUCAGGAAGCACAACGAAUACCGGGCGCGGGUGGCUGGGGGCGGCCUAGUUAAUUUCCCGAAGCCAACCAACAUGAUGAAACUGGACUGGAACAAUGAACUGGCAGCCAACGCCCAGGCCACGGCGGACAAGUGUGACACCACUGUGCAAGGAAAGGGAACCAUGCUGGACACAGGGUCUUUCACCGGAGUGAAACAAAUCCAGGACUUCGCUGUCGUCCCCGCAACGCCGCCGAAACCCACGCCGCUUAAAGGCGCCAACUUUAUCCAGAAAUGGUUCGACGGGAACGUGAAGUUUAAACCUGCGGACUUGGACAAGUACCCGGAUCAAACCGAUGCGGAGGCGGAGAGAUUCGCACAGCUUAUCUGGGCUGAAACUCGCUCCAUAGGUUGCGGCUACCAACAGUUCAAGUUAAAAUCAGCGCCAAACGACCCAGCGAAGGAAAUCCUUGUGUGCAACUACCACCCUGGGUGA